AUGACCCCAACCAUCAUGGUCAAGAUGACAGUUCUCAAGAUUCAAGUCCAUGACAUCAACUUCAUGUAUGAUGCCACUGGCACUACAACUGGCAUGUCCAUUACCCUCCCUUUCCAUAAAACCCACCAAACUGGAGACAUCAAACCAUAUUUCCUGUGGGUGUUCCAUCAAUUGGAAGCUCACCUCUGCACUGUAAGGGCCACAUCUGAGUGGAUCAUAGCAUCCAACAUCAUGUCCAGUUACCUCUUCCACAAAAUUGCUUCUGGUGACCAUGUUGCAGAAGCCAACAUACCAAUGCUUAUGGCACUCACUCUUUUCAGCAGGGAGGCUGCCAGUACCUCCACAUCAAGCAACAAUGGCCUCUGA